AUGAAGAGACAGAACCAGAGCAUGAUUGCUGAGUUCAUCCUCGUAGGCUUCUCCACCCUGGGGGAUCUGCAGAUCCUUCUCUUCUUUAUCUUCCUGCUGGUCUACUUGACCACUCUGAUGGCCAAUAGCGCCAUCAUGACCGUCAUUCGUCUGGACAGGGCUCUGCACACCCCUAUGUACUUCUUUCUCUUCGUGCUCUCCUGCUCCGAAACCUGCUACACCUUGGUCAUUGUACCAAAAAUGCUGAGCAACCUGCUUUCCACAAGCCCGACUAUUUCUCUCUCUGGGUGUGCCGCUCAGCUCUAUUUCUUCGUGGGCUUGGCUUGCACCAACUGUUUCCUAAUCGCUGUGAUGGGCUAUGACCGCUACGUUGCCAUCUGCAACCCUCUCAACUACACACUCAUCGUCAGCCGAGCCGCCUGCCUGCAGCUGGUCCUGGCUGCCGGCUCCUGUGGUUUCCUGAUCUCUGUGGUUGUCAACGUCCUGGUGUUCAGUGUACCCUUCUGCGCCUCCAAUCGGAUCAACCACUUUUUCUGCGACAUUUCCGCUGUCAUAAAACUGGGCUGCACAGACACCAGCCUGAAGGAGAUGGUCAUUUUCUUCCUCAGCAUUCUGGUAUUGCUGUUUCCCUUGGUAUUGAUCUUCAUCUCCUAUGUCUUCAUCGUUUCCACCAUCCUCAAGAUCUCCUCAGCGGAGGGACAGCGCAAGGCCUUCUCCACCUGUGCCUCCCACCUCACAGUGGUCAUUGUCCACUACGGCUGCGCCUCCUUCAUCUACUUGAGGCCCACAUCCCUGUACUCCUCAGAUAAAGACCAGCUUGUGUCAGUGACCUAUACUGUGAUAACCCCAUUACUCAACCCCCUCGUCUACACUCUGAGAAAUAAAGAAGUGAGGAUGGCUUUGAGAAAGGUCCUCAGUAAAUACUCAUUUCCAAAAACUGUGUAA